CUUUUUGAUAUUGAAAAUGGCAGACGAUAGUGUUAAGAGUAGUGAUGAACAGAAUGCAAUGAAAAAUAGAAUAAAUGAGAAAAGAUCUUGGAAUGAAAAAUGCUCAGAUGAUAACCAAGAUGAAGCUAUUCUUGCACAAGAAAAAGAAAUUGAAAGAGAGAUUGCAGAUGUGGUCCCUCUGAUUGGACCUCUUUGUGAUUUAUCAUGUCUUCAGAAUGAAUAUGCUGAGGAUGAUAAGGUAUACCUCCACAAAAUAAAGGAUUUAAGAAACAAAUACCAGUUCAUGCGGAGGACAAGACCAGAUGGUAACUGUUUUUACAGAGCCUUCAGCUUUGCUUAUUUAGAAAGUCUACAACAUGACAAACAAGAAUAUCUCAGGUUCAAAAGUGUUGCCUCCAGAAGUAAAGAAGAUUUAAUUGCCUUAGGAUUUCCACAGUUUACAAUAGAAGACUUUCAUGAUACAUUCAUGGAAGUGCUAAAUAAAAUUGAGUCACAGAUGUCAGAAGAAGAACUACUGAAUAUAUUAAAUGACCAAGGUUAUUCAGAUUACAUAGUGGUUUAUAUGAGGCUCCUAACCUCUGGUUAUUUACGCAAGGAGGAAGCUUUCUUUUCCAAUUUUAUUGAAGGUGACAGGACAGUAGUGGAAUUCUGUCACCAGGAAGUGGAACCUAUGUACAAGGAAAGUGACCACAUUCAUGUAAUAGCCCUGACCCUUUCCCUUGGGGUUGGAGUUAAAAUUCAAUAUAUGGACAGGGGUGAAAGUGAGAAAGUCAAUGCCCACAACUUUCCUGAAGACGUAGCUCCUAGAAUUCAUCUCUUAUACAGACCAGGACACUAUGAUAUACUUUAUGAAUGAAUGAUUGCACAGAAAUAUUGAAGCAUAGCCAUAAAUUCAUUCCAGCUUUUCCUACAAAACUAAAGACUGUCUGGAUGACUUGGCUGUUGACCCUACAUUUUGUUUGUGAAUAAUCCUAAUAGACAAGUUGUAAACCUUCACAUUAGUUUGAUUGGUUUUAAAAGAUAAGGUUCUUGAUUAUUAGACCUUCCUAACUCUGUCCUGUUUACUUCUUCUCUUGAGGGUGCUCACUGUUUAUACCUGUUAAAACUUUUAAGUGUGUAUUAACUUUGGAUAUUUAGAUGUAUUUUCUUUGUAAUGUUUUAAUGUAAACCACAAAACAUUUUGUACAAAAUAAAAAGUGAUACAUAGAUUACUGCACUGUUGUGAAACACUAUAUUGCUCAAGAAUAAACUGACAUCAAGAUUAAGAUUCUAAGUAUGUUUUUAUUACAGUUAUACAUCAUUAGUUACAUCAAAAGUAUGAAGUGGCAUCUCAGUAUACAUAUUUCUGUUGAAGGUGUUAUAAUAAUGUUUUAAUCAUAAAACUUUUGUUUGUUAUGUAAAACAACGUUCUGGGUACAAAGUCACACAAAUGCCCUUGCAUUUAUACACAAUAUUAAUUUUAACUUCUAAAUUUUAUAUAAAACAAAAAAUUAGGCAUUAUUAAGCCCAGUGAGAGAUACACUGCACGUUUUUUCUUUUGGUAGUUAGUCUAUUUAUUUAUCUAUAUUAUAAAUGUUUUCAUACCUCUGUUGGUAUAUUCUUUUCCAAUUAAUAAUUUUGACUAAUAAAUUGCCCUAUCUCUAGAGAAGGAAAUAUCUUCAUAACAUUGAAUUUAAAAUUCAGUAAUAAAACAACAUAAACCAGUAUUUCAGAUUCUCUUGAUUUUAGUAAUCAUUCAAUACAGCUCUUGGUGUAUGGAUAUAUUUAUGGAUAUUUCAAAAAAGUUUAUAGUUUUUCCCUUACAAAUCUGUUUUCUAAUACUUUUAAGCUUUGUUGUCUUAUUUAUUAAGUAACAGAAUGUGAUGAUGUGCUGAUAAUAUUGUUAUAGCUUUAUUUUCCUAUGUUACGAUUAACUGAAACAUAAAAUCAUAAACUUCUUGUUAUAUAUUUUUAAUUGAUUGAUAGCAACAUUUAUAAUAUUUGUCAUAUUCUUCUUGGUUUAAAAAAAAAUUCAAAUUUACCAUGAAAGUUGUUCUUUUAUGUUAAAGCUACAAGAUAUGAAAAAUCAAUCUCUUGUAAUGGAUUUCACAAAAAGUUAAGAAACUUAUAUUUAGAGGAACUGUCCUUGUGUGUCUCGAUGAUCAAAUAACCAACCCAUGUAGACAUCACUUUAUUUAAGUACAAUAAAUCUAACAUGUAUUUAUUUUACAUUUCCAUUUUUUCCACAUCUCUAUGAUAUUGUGCAAAACUUUGUGUCAUAGGCAGUGAGUGUUAUCAUUCUUUAAAAAGCAUAAGCAAAGGCUUUUGAUUGUUUGUUUUAUCUGCAUGGAUAUAUUUUUUUUUCACUAAACUUUGUUAUGAUACUACAGACAUGAUGUUGUCUACUAGGAAUUCUUAUAAUAUCAGCUUGUAGGUAAUUGCUCUACAUUUGGUAAGAGUAGUUUAUUAACAGUUUUAUUGAGUUUUUGUGUUAAAAAUGUUAUUGAUAUUACAAAUUUGUAUGUUUCUAAUUUGAUUUGUAAUUCUGAGAGAAAUUCAUGAAGUUAAGUCUGAGUCUAAGUAAAAUUGUAAAAGUGUUGAAUGGAAUUAUGAUUAAGGUGUAAAUUGGCAUACUGUAUUGCAGUCUAUAAGUAAAGCAUUCAUUUCAAA